GGCCACGGGAAACCAUGGGGAACCCAGGAAGAUUUUUGGAAACUUGUGCCAUCAUUUUGGCGGUUGCUGCGUCCGUGAAAACCGGUGCUGUUUACACAGAGCUAAACACCGCAGGGACGAAGCAGCACCACAUUCGAGUCCCAGAAAACUACUACAUAAUGAUCGAGUUGCAUAAAAAGGACAACUUUUGGAAAACUGGGCCAGAAAACAGUUUAAGAAUCGGGGAAGGGCGUGUGGAGAAGUUCGUCGAUGUGGACAAAGUACUGGCAACUUUGCAGCCCAAAGACCCUGAGGCCAUCCGAGUACCAGUCCUGACUAAUGCGGCAUUCGUCAUCUAUGAUAUUAAGGUCCCGAUGGAAACCACGCGCUACUCGACAUUAACCUACAAAGCGUAUCAAAUGGUGUCUGCCUCUGAAAAAAUCGUGUCCAUGGAUUCCACGCUGGUGUCACCUCCACUGAAUUCCAACAAAGACGACUACCAGUUUGCUGUGACGAAAACCUGGCAUCUCGUCGGGAACGCCGGAAACACCUGGCAAAUAAAAAUCCUGGGAUACUUCAUUUCCACUGCAGAUGAUUACAUCUUUUGUGGUGAAGGCACACCGGAGAAUUUCAAAAACAACGUGUUGAUUGAGGGGGACUUGGUUGGCAAGGAUAUUUUCCUCAACACCUCGGAAGCUUUCAUCACCUUCACCUCAACCUUACACACACAGAAAAGUCAAGGGUUUUCACUGCUUGUCCAGCAAAUUCCGAGUUUGAAUUCCCCUCAAACGUGUUUCAACAACUGCAAUUUCACAGCAUCAACAGGAAAAAUCGAUUCUUCUCGAAUGGCCAAGAAUCCGACAUUCAGAAUCGUCGGAUCAAAGGAUUCUUUGGUGAUGAUAAAUUUGAAGAAGCCGGAAUCGGCGGAUUUGGCGAAAGAUUUGGAGAUCACUUACGGAGGGCCGAAAUCUGAAGCCCCAGAUCGGAAAACAACUGCGGAAUUCUACAAAAAUUUCGCCCAUCUUGUGAAAGUUGAGGCUGAAACCGUGAGGAUUCCUGUACCUUACAACAACGUCCUGGUGAAAUUCACUGGGGAAGGAAAUUUCGGAUUCGUGAUGACCUAUGUGGUUUUCCCGAUGAAGAAAAGCGAGGUCGUGAUCGAUGAAGAGGGUCCAGUUCAAAUUUUGCCGCCUUUUGGGCAAGACUUGGAUUACGCUUCGAAUGCUAGAUGGCGUUGGAGGUUGAAUUCCUCCAAGGACGUCAGUUGGGUCAUCAAGGUCAAGAACUUCCGCUUGGAUCCUCAGAGCAAGGAUUACCUGGAAUUUGGCACCGGGAGAGGGAAAAGUAGGAAUGUGGUGCUGAUAGCCAGCGGAACCCUGGCCGACCAGGAAGUCGUGCUGGACUCCAAAGACAGCUACAUCUACUUGCACACGAACCUACACCUGGAGGCCUCACCAGGGUUCGAGUUGUCUGUUCGCCGAGUGGCCCGGGACCGGAUGGCCAGGAACGACGUGGCAUCCGGCGCAGCGCAAGAAACACUGUGCUGGCCCGACCCCGCGCCGCCGGGUACGGAGCUCCCAGCCGAACCACAACCGGAAUGCGACGCCAACUGCAAUUGCCUCUUCACAGCGAACCAAAGCUACGUGUGGACUCCCAUGUUCAUGCAAACUUCGGAACGUGCCAAACUCGGGUACCAGAACAUCAACGUGACGGGCGCGGAUUUCAUACUGCUGUACAUGGGCGAAGACUCGUUCCCUGUGGCGAGCAACGGGUCCGGCGGAGUGGUGGGCACCAGCACCAAUGCGGUCAGCUUCGGCCGGGGACUGGUUUCGGGUUCCUCUGCGAACCCGCCCCCGGGCACCGUCUUGACGUUCACCAGAGAGACAGAUUAUGGAGAAACCGGGGAAAUACGGAUCCCCAUCGUGGGAAACGAAGCUUUCGGGAAUUUCAAGUACCUAAUGGCCCCAUUUCUCGUAAAUCGCGAUGCAUUCUACUUCUACAAAUCCUUCAAGAUGCAGCAAGUACUUGAAAUAGUCGACAGUGAUAAUGGCACGCAGAUAAUGGCGCCAACCGAAGGAAAUGACUACGUAUUUGCCACAGAAAAAACUUGGCAGUUGGUUGGAUUGCCCGGACAAACCUGGAGUCUAGAAAUCAAAUUCAUUGAUAUCGACUUCAGUGUCGACACUCUCAUUCUGGGAAUUGGAGAUGGGCAAGGUUUCCCUGACACCACUCCCAUGGUAUUUACGGAACAUUCGAAAAUCACCCCGAGGAUGGUUAAUCUUGGAUAUCACGACGCAUUCGUGAAAUUCGUUUCGACUGUCCAUGCAACCCCCAAAAAGGGUUUCGAAAUUCUUGCCACGCGUGUGGGAGAGUCCUGGGCGACGACGGAACCCGUCGACAAUGCGACUACCCCGAGUCCACCCAUUUUACCGUCUGGCAACACCAAAGUCCAGCUGUCAUUCCUCACUCUGGAUUUCGGGAAAAGCUUGGAGACCGUUUCGGGAAAUGAGAAUCAGACCGAGGAAUUCCUGAUCAGGUUUCAGACAGCGUUUGCUGCUGUUUGCAACUUUUUUGUGGAAAGGGAGAACGUUUCUUUGAGCGAAUCCGUUGUGGAAAGGUUUGUGCUUGUGAAAAUGAGGAACUGCGAGCCAUGCUUCGAUCAAGAAAACUGUGCGAAAGUGGACGUCAAUGUCACCAUUCCAGAUGCUUCAGGAAACUAUUUCUUCACUCAAAAAGUUCUGAGGUCUAUGAUGCUCAAGGGCAUCUACAGAGACAAGUUCGAACAGGAAUUCAAGGGAACCGCUCAAUUGGAUCUCCAUUGCGACUUCACCAACUGGUAUCUGGCCAUUGGAGGGGUUCUUCUGGGUUGUGGGGUCUUGUCAUUCAUCGGCUAUUACGUCAGCCAAAGCUCCCAGAAAAUCGACACUUCGCAAAUCGUCACGUCUGCGUCUCUGCAAAGCGUUUCGGAUAAGGCUGUGGAUUAUACAGCCAUGGACUGGGCCAAGAACAACGAGGGCCUCAUGAUGGACGACGAGGACGAGGAAGAAGAAGAGAUCUUCAGGACAGAGUCCCGGUUCGUCGAUGCCCCGUGACACCUUUUUUAAACGCAUGCAGUGACACAGUUUCAGGGUCGAUUGCAUUUUUUCCGCCGAAAACGAGGCGAAAACCCGCCGGAGGGGCGCUAUAUAAAACACUCGGACGACUUCGCUCCUGUGCUUCUUGUUGCUCCGGCUGCCGAACGACGGCCUUCGACCCGAGAAAUCCCUUUUUGCCUAAAACAUAUACGUGAUCGAAUUUGCUAUUAUUUCCUCGUCAGUUUUUUGUAUUAUGCAUGAGAGAGUGUCAAAGCAUCAGCAGCAGUGAUUUAAAAAAAAAACCGGGUUUCGUAUACGUGAUUUUA